GCCCGAGGCCGAGGCCGAGGACGCGGCAGUGCUGAGCAGCCGGCAGGAUCGCCGUCUGCUGACCCACCCUAGCGGCCUGCCUCAGCGUUCGGGGUUUGGCACCAUGGAAUCCCUGGAGAGCCGUGUCCACUACAACAGGUGGGAGGACAGCAGCCAGGAGGAAGUCAGGGUGGCCGGCGCCGUGUCGAGCACAGAGGCUUCAUGCUGCAGAAAGAUCUCCCAGAAGCUGUGCACAGGCAAGUUGGGCAUCGCCAUGAAGGUGCUGGCUGGCGUGGCCCUUUUCUGGGUCAUCUUCAUCCUGGGCUACGUCACUGGCUACUAUGUCCACAAGUGCAAAUGAAGGCUGCCCAGCUCACACACAUGCACAGGCCCCGAGGGCAGGGCAGUGCGCGGGGCAGCGGCGGUGCCCUUGCUGCCCACCGUGAGUGUGCAGGCGAACAGGGACACAUGCACAGAGCAUGUUCCCAACACGGAGGUCCCUCGCAGGACCCAAGACAUGCCCCGUGUGGUGUGUGGAUCCCCAGAGACCCAGCUUGGCAGCAGCUGCAGAACACCCCAGGUCGGCCUUGCAGCCACAGCCCUCUGCCUGGGCCCCUCGAGCCCAGGCCACACUGGGUGCCAUCCUCCCACCCAGGGGCCCAGAUCCGAGGCAGCCCCUGGCCCUGUCUCCUCAUCCUGUGAGGAGACCCCCAACGUGGGUAGCUGCUUUGCCAGGGACAGACCCUGCCAUACCACGUGCCUUCAGGACAUCCCACUUCCCCCAAGUGCCCUGCAUGGGUCAAAUGCCUGUGUAUAAUAAACAUGCUGGAAGAUGG